AUGGCGGAGCGCGUUCAGCAGCCCGCAGCCAAACGGCUGUGCUGCCGACCCGGGUACAGCGCGGCGUGCAGGCAGGGCCAGCGGGCCGGCGGAGCGGUGUGCGGCGCCUCGGGGUCCGGCCAAGGGGCGUCCGGCAAAACCCAGAGCCCGGAGUCGCUCUUGGACAUUGCGGCGAGGAAAGUGGCCGAGAAGUGGCCGUUUCAGAGGGUGGAGGAGCGCUUCGAGAGGAUCCCGGAGCCAGUCCAGAGGAGGAUCGUGUACUGGUCUUUUCCGCGGAGCGAACGGGAGAUCUGCAUGUAUUCCUCCUUCAACACGGACGGGGAGGAUAGCGCGGCUGCCGCCGACGGCGGCGACGAGAGCCGGCUGCCCUUCCGGCGGGGCAUAGCCCUCCUGGAGGGCGGCUGUGUGGACAACGUCCUGCAAGUCGGUUUUCAUCUCAGCGGCACGGUGACCGAACCGGCCACCACGUCUGAACCGGAGGUCGUGUGCAGUGUGGCCAUCAGCUUUGACCGCUGCAAAAUCACUUCGGUGACGUGCGGCUGCGGCAACAAGGACAUCUUCUACUGCGCCCACGUGGUGGCGCUCUCACUCUACCGCGUGCGGAGGCCUGACCAGGUGAAGCUGCACCUACCCAUCUCCGAGACACUCUUCCAGAUGAACCGCGACCAGCUUCAGAAGUUCGUCCAGUACCUCAUCACCGUUCACCACACCGAGGUGUUGCCAACUGCCCAGAAACUGGCAGAUGAGAUUCUCUCACAGAACUCUGAAAUCAACCAAGUACAUGGGGCUCCGGAUCCCACAGCGGGGGCCAGCGUUGACGACGAGAACUGCUGGCAUCUGGACGAGGACCAGGUCCGGGAGCAGGUCAAGCUCUUUCUGUCCCAGGGGGGCUACCACGGCUCGGGCAAGCAACUCAACCUUCUCUUCUCCAAGGUGCGGGAGAUGCUAAAGAUGCGGGACUCAAACGGGGCGCGCAUGCUGACGUUGAUCACGGAGCAGUUCAUGGCCGACCCGCGUCUGGCCCUGUGGAGGCAGCAGGGAACCACCAUGACGGACAAAUACAGGCAGCUGUGGGACGAACUUGGUGCAUUGUGGAUGUGCAUCGUGCUGAGUCCCCACUGUAAGGCCGAGCAGAAGGCAGCCUGGCUCCGACAGCUCAAGAAGUGGAACGGCGUGGAUGUGUGCCCCUGGGAGGAUGGUAACCACGGCAACGAGCUGCCCAAUUUAACCAACGCUUUGCCUCAGGGUGCGCACGGCAACCAAGACUUGGGCACCAGGCCGCACCGGACGGUCUUCACGCGGGCCAUUGAAGCGUGCGAUCUCCACUGGCAGGACAGCCACUUGCAGCACAUCAUCAGCGACGACCUCUACACCAACUACUGUUACCACGACAACACUGAAAACUCGCUCUUCGACUCCCGCGGCUGGCCUCUGUGGCACGAGCACGUGCCCACGGCGUGCGCCAGGGUGGACGCGCUGCGCUCGCACGGAUACCCGCGGGAGGCCCUGCGCCUUUCCAUCGCCAUCAUCAACACGCUGAGGCGCCAGCAGCAGAAACAGCUCGACCUCUUUCGCAACCUCAAGAAAGACCUGCUCCAUAAAGGGUUAACCUCCAUCACUAACCUGGAGGGCUGGGUGGGUCAUCCCUUGGACCCCAUCGGGACGCUCUUCAGCACGCUGAUGGAGAGUGCCCGCGGCGAGGAUGACGGCUUGCCCGGAGCUUUCCUGGAAUUCUCAGGCACGGUGAGCCCGAGCAAGCGCACAGACCCUGCCCUGCAUGCGCCGGCCCGCCGCUUCCUGGAGGAGGGCGAGUCGUAUGUGGCACUGGCCGUGGAGACGGCCCUCAUGGGCCUGGGUCAGCAGCGCGUCAUGCCCGAUGGCCUGUAUGCCCAGGAGAAGGUGUGUCGCAACGAGGAGCACCUCCUCGCCAAGCUGCAGGAGGUGGAUCUGGACGACGCGCUCGUGAAGAUCUUCCGCAAGCAAGCCGUCUUCCUGUUAGAGGGUGGGCCCUACAGUGGUCUGGGUGAAGUCAUCUACAGAGAGAGUGUUCCCAUGCACACGUUUGCCAAGUAUCUCUUCACCUCCCUCCUACCUCAUGAUGCCGAACUGGCCUAUAAAAUUGCACUGAGAGCAAUGCGGUUACCAGUGUUGGAAUCCUCAGCUCCUUCCGGCGACAUGUCCCGGCCGCACCAUAUAGUAUCCGUUGUCCCCAACCGCUACCCCCGGUGGUUCACCCUUAGCCACAUAGAGUCCCAGCAGUGUGAGCUGGCCUCCACCAUGCUCACAGCAGCCAAAGGCGAUGCUCGGAGGUUGGAAACAGUAUUAGAGUCCAUCCAGAAGAACGUCCACUCGUCUUCUCACAUCUUUAAACUAGCGCAGGACGCCUUCAAAAUAGCCACACUCAUGGACAGCCUGCCUGACAUCACUCUGCUGAAAGUGUCUCUGGAGCUGGGCCUUCAGGUCAUGCGAAUGACUCUCUCGACACUGAACUGGAGAAGGAGGGAGAUGGUUCGGUGGUUGGUCACAUGUGCAACAGAAGUCGGGGUCUACGCACUGGACAGCAUCAUGCAGAGCUGGUUUACCCUCUUCACGCCCACCGAGGCCACCAGCAUCGUGGCCACCACCGUCAUGUCCAACAGCACCAUCGUGCGCCUCCACCUGGACUGCCACCAGCAGGAGAACCUUGCCAGCAGUGCGCGGACGCUGGCCUUGCAGUGCGCCAUGAAGGACCCGCAGAACUGCGCCCUGUCUGCCCUCACGCUCUGCGAGAAGGACCACAUCGCCUUCGAGACGGCCUACCAGAUCGUGCUGGACGCCGCCGCCACGGGCAUGAGCUACACGCAGCUGUUCACCAUCGCGCGCUACAUGGAGCACCGCGGCUACCCCAUGCGGGCCUACAAGCUGGCCACACUGGCCAUGGCCCACCUGAACCUCAGCUACAACCAGGACACUCACCCAGCCAUCAACGAUGUGCUGUGGGCGUGCGCGCUCAGCCACUCGCUGGGCAAGAAUGAGCUGGCCGCCAUCAUCCCCCUAGUGGUGAAGAGCGUGAAGUGCGCCACCGUGCUGUCGGACAUCCUGCGGCGGUGCACGCUGACCACGCCCGGCAUGGUGGCCCUCCACAGUCGGAGGAACUCUGGGAAGCUGAUGUCGCUGGACAAGGCGCCUCUGCGGCAGCUGCUGGACGCCACGAUUGGCGCGUACAUCAACACAACGCACUCGCGCCUCACGCACAUCAGCCCACGGCACUACAGCGAAUUUAUCGAGUUCCUCAGCAAAGCGCGGGAGACGUUCCUGAUGGCGCAUGAUGGACACAUCCAGUUCACGCAGUUCAUAGACAACCUGAAACAGAUAUACAAAGGCAAAAAGAAACUGAUGAUGCUCGUACGGGAGAGGUUCGGUUAGGCCGCAGGUCGCCGCCCUCCACUUACUUGAGUCUGCCUUUGUAUCCUUUCUAAGUUAAAGCGACACGAAAAUGCAGGAAGAGGGGGACAAAAUGUCAAAUCCAGUAAGAGCCACAGC